AUGUCCGCAUCAUCCAACCCGAACUUCAAACAACUUCGUGUAGCCGUCGUUGGUGGAGGAAUUGGUGGACUGGCUGCGAGCGUUGCGCUACGACGCGCUGGUCACGUCGUCAACAUCUACGAACGUAGAGACUUCAAUGUCGAGGUUGGCGCGUCGAUAUCUUGUGCCGCCAAUGGCACGCAAUUUCUUCGCGAAUGGGAUAUCGAUAUCCCUCACAUGAAACCCGUCAUCCUGAUGAAGCUCGUCAUGCGUGAUUGGGAAACAGGGAAGAUAUUGAACCAGUACAACUUGGAUAAUUAUGAGAAGGAAUGGGGAAAUGUGUAUAACAUGUUCCAUCGGCAAGACAUGCAUGCAACAUUGUUAAAGACCGCUACAUCCCCAGAGGGCGCAGGGCCUCCUUGUACAGUCGUCAUCGACCAUAUAUGCGACUCAGUCGAUUAUGAAAACGGAAUAGUCACCUUCAAGAACGGCGUUAUAGUCAAGGCGGAUAUGAUAGUUGGCGCUGACGGUAUCAGAUCUGUCGUGCGACAGGAGUUGGGAAUCGUUCCUCAAGUGACCUCCGCCCCGCAGACUUGUUAUCGUUGCAAUGUCGAGCGAUCUGUGGUCGAUGAUCUAGGUCUUGUUAAAUACUCUUACGAGCCUGCAAUCCAUUAUUGGGGCGGUAUGAUGGGAAGGAAUGGACGCUCCAAGUAUUACAAGAUCGUUAUGUCCCCUUGUUCGGGAGGUGACAUUAUCUCGUUUUACUGUUUCAUGCCUACGGAGAUGACACACCACCAUGAAGAGGGUUUUGUUUUCGAGCAAGCACCUGUCAAGGAUAUACUUGUUGGAAACUAUGACGAACUUGACCCCAAUUGCGUUAAUCUUCUCAAAAACUCAAUCGAAAGGUUGCCUUGGCGGCUGUACGUGCACCAACCUUAUCCUUAUUGGUUCAAGGGUAAAGCAUGCCUUCUCGGUGACGCUGCCCAUCCAAUGAUGCCCCAUCAGUCUCAAGGUGCUUGUCAAGCUAUUGAGGACGCAGGGGCCCUUGGAAUCAUUUUCUCGGACAAGUACAAUUUCACCACCGAUGUACAGGCCGGACUGGCUAUGUAUCAGGUCAUUCGCAAAGACAGAGCGACACGCGUACAGACUGCUUCGGCAAGAGCGACUGAAAACUUGAACGAGCGCAUAGGUUUUACUAGCCUAACUCCCCACGACGCAUCUUUGGCCGCUGCUUCAGGCAAGUUGACAAUAAAUGAGAUGAAUAGUUACAGAAUGCAUGAUCAUGUCGCAGCGGAGGUUUUGAAGCUUGGGUCAUGA